AUGGCCACCUCUACUAAAGUUGCUACUGCCACCACCAAAAUGGCUACUGCCACAUCCAAGACGGCUACUGCCACAUCCAAGAUGGCUACCACAAAUAUUGAAACAAGCAUUUCUAGUACAGCAGCUGCAUAUAAUCCCAAUAUGCCACCUGAGAUGGCUUCAGGUUUACCAGCUUCAGCAGACAUGCUGAUUGACCUCAUUAAAAAUCUAAGAAUAGAAAUUAGAAAUGAUUUAAAAAAGAUUUUGAUGCUAUAUAUGGAUUUUUGGGAGGAUAUCAACUCACGAACAGAAGAUGUGGAAAAUAGGCUUUAUUACCAGGAACAGUCGCACUUAGAGUUAGAGGAGAAUGUCAAUAGUCUACAAAAAUAG